UGAAAGUGUCAGGUAAUUCUAUGUUGUCUAUCUUGUCCCGUCUCUGUAUCACACUUAUCUCUGAUCAGCAACGGAAGCGCUGCCGGAACGGUUGUCACCGGCUGCCACCGCCGUCUCCCAAGCGGCCGGCCCCGACGCAAGCAUUGAUGGGCCCGUCCGUAUAAAGAGGCGGCGUCCGUCCACUGCCCAAUUCUUCAACCUUUUCCUCUUGCACCACUUGACCACCACAUUCAAGCAAAUACACACGCUCAUUCUCACACAAGACUGGCCGCUUCCUAUUUGCGCCUCUGACGUCUCCCGAAACAAUUCCCCAAACGUGCCGUGUUUGACACAGCAAAGACAAGCAGGCCAUGUCUCGCAUCACUGUUCAUCCCCUGGACUUCUCAGAGCGACCACACGCCACCAGACCUCGUCUGGGUGCCGUCGUCUCAAAUGUCGAUAUUGAAAACAUGACGGGUAAGAUUUGAUGUCAUUAUGAGUGCGAGAACCGCGUGACACGUACCGGUAUCUGUAUUUGUUAUCUGCACAACGAGAAUCAUACCCGUAAUGCCUGCACCAGGGCUAAUCGGUAACCUCGUCGAUGCCGACUUUGCUGUCAUCCGUGAUGCCCUCUUCAACCACCAAGUCCUCGUCUUCAAGAAUCAGGGCCACGUCAGCCCCAAGGCUCAGUUUGAGAUCACCCGGCGCUUCGACCCCACGGCCACCUCGUACGGUCAUGGCAAAACCCUCGACGCCAAGCGAUCUAUCCUGCACCCUGACCUCAAGACCAUCCCUUCCCAACCGCAAGUACAGGUCAUCGGAAAUGGCUUCGUGUCUGAGUAUGAGGGUCUCAAGGACUUCACUUUGCGUCACCCCCACCACAAGACCUUCCAUGCAACCUCGAUCCCGCCCGAGGACGACCGAGACUACACGCGCUAUUACAGGUGGCAUAUAGACGCAUCACUUUAUGAUUUUGCCCCCCCUAUUGUCACCACCCUCCUUGCCGUCAAGGUGCCGGGCGGCCGCCGACAAAUCUGCCGGUACGACGACGGGACGGGCGACGAGCUGCAUGUUCCGCUAGGCACGACUGCGUUCGUCAGCGGUUACGACAUGUUCGACCAGCUGUCUUCCGAGGACCAGGAGUUUGCGCGCACCACCAAGGUCGAAUACGCUGCCCACCCCUACAUUUGGAUGAGCAGUGCCAAGUCGAGACCCACCGGGCUCGGCCUGGUCAGCGAGGACAAGGAGCUGCCCCUGGAUCAACUCCCUGAGAUCGAGCAGGACAAGAUCCAGAUCCUGCCAAUGUGCUGGCGUAACCCAGUCACCGGGGACUUGGCUCUGCAGGUGCAUCCUUCUGCCGUCAGGAGGCUGCACCUGAAGGAUGGGACUGUGGUCGAUGACCUGGAGCAGGUGAGAGAAAUAGUAUAUCGUCUGCAGAGGCCAGGCAUCGCGCCAAACAAGGUGUACGCGCAUGACUGGGAGGCUGGGGACUUCGUCCUUUUCCACAACCGAGGACUCCUACACUCUGUUGUUGGGGCAUUUGCUGAACACGAGGUCAGGCUAUUCCGCCAAUGCAAUCUAGCAGCCAGCCAGCUGCCUGAAGGCCCGCUACAGGCUGUGCAAGCCGCUUGAGUUACAUUGCCGGUAACUCAGACGGUUCUCAAGACCUGUUGAUAUUUGAUUACAGAGAUGAUCCUUUUAUGUAAUUUACUCUAUCUCUAAGUUCACCAGGGCAGCCGGCAGACUCUUCCCUCCUAUGCUUCCAUAUUCUGGUGAACAAGAAGUCUUAGAAGUUCGUAUGUAUCAACUAAGUGGUUUCGCUUCUAUUCCGUAUAUGUCUGAGGACAUGAAUGGCGCCUUCAUAUGGUAUCCUUGAGGAUAGUAAUUAUGAAAUCCAACAUGGGAAGGUCGCUAACAAGCCA